AUGGGUCGUGUUCUUAGAUUUCUUUUUGGAACUUUAUCUCUCAUAAUAGCAUUGAUUGCAAUCGGCAUUGGAUAUUUAAAACUUGAUAAUCUUCAUCGACAAAAAUUCUUUGCUAGUUUUUUAUAUCGAAUGUCCGAUCCUAAUGAUACUGCCAUGAUGAAUCUACGAUGUAAUCAAUUAUUAAAACAUUCUAAUGUUAAAGGUCAUGUAUUAGAAAUUGGUGCUGGCACAGGAAUAAAUUUUCCUUGUUUACAUAAUAAUUCGAAUGUUGAAUCAUAUAUAGGAAUAGAACCUAAUAUUCAUAUGCAUUCAUAUUUUUACAAAUUUAUUAAACAAUGGAAUAUUUCAUACGAAAUUCAUCUUUUAAAUAAUUCGGCAACAGAUAUGCAUGAAAUUGAAUCGAAUAGCAUUGACACGAUUAUAAUGACACUUGUAUUAUGCAGUGUACCAGAUCCAUUACCACAACAAAUUCUUGUUGAAGCUCAUCGAGUGUUAAAACCCGGUGGAACUUUUAUUUUCUUCGAACACACUCUUGCUAAUUAUGAAACUGAUCCAUUUAUUCAUGGGUUUCAAAAAGUAAUUGAACCACUAUGGGCUAUUAUCGGUGAUGGUUGUCGAUUUAAACCAAUUACAAAUUAUUUCGAUGCCAUGAAAAAUAUUUAUUCAAAAAUUGAAUACCAACACUGUGAUAUGCCUGUUCCAGUAUUUUUUGUUAAAGAUGCUAUCACAGGAAAACUAAUUAAAUAA